AUGAGCGCGCCCGCAUAUUAUGAACUAUACAGAAGAUCCACAAUUGGAGUGACGCUAACCGAUGCGCUAGAUGCACUCAUUUCCGAGGAGAAAAUCCAACCACAGUUGGCAAACAGAAUACUAAACAACUUCGACAGGAUAGUUGCUGAGAAUUUGAAAAACGAAACAAACAUAGCGAAAUCAAAGUUGACUUUCAAAGGCGAUUUGGAUACGUAUCGCUUCUGUGACGAUGUGUGGACUUUUAUCAUCAAGAAUGUGCUUGUGAAGUUGAAUGAUGUCACGAGCAACUCGAGUCUGAGUAAUGACGGCGACAUGGAGAUUAGCGUAGAUAAGUUCAAGAUUGUUGCUUGUAAUUCGAGAAAAGCCGGUGAGGCCUGA